UCUUCUGCUCCCCCUUCCCUGCUUUGUUGCGUCCCUGCAAUCGACGCUUGCAUCUCUGUGUCACGCCCGCUGCGAAGGGGUUCGCGUUCAGUGUUUCAAAGGAGUGUUGGUGCGCGUGCGUAGAGCGUUCUCGUGUUGGCCUCAGUGUCGGAAGGCGGGAGAGUUUGGCGUUGGCGGUGCGUGGGUUGGAUGUCGCGGGGUGGAGUUUUCCCCGAAUAAUGAGGUCUCCAAGAAUUGCAGUGAUGUAGUGGCAGGAUUGUCCUAGUGUGUUAUUUUUAAGUGUAUUUUUUGACUUCAGGUAGGGUUGGGGUGGAUGGAGAGAGGAUGGGUGCGGCGAUCGUGAUGGGAGUGAGAGGGUGAGGAGGCGAUAGAGGGGUAGUUAAAUAGAGUGAGAUAGUCGAUUCGAGUGAAAUUGAGUCUUUGAACUGGGAGAGAUCGUUGCGCGGUAUCACGCUGCUCUGAGAGUGCGAUUCAGCUGUUUCGAAAUCCUUGAUGAGCUGCGCCAGCGAAGUGCUUCGCGCACUGCUGUUCACGCUCGUGUAUUCGGCGUGUCGGGAAUUGUCUGUUGACAGUGGCUCGUGAAACAGUUUUGGUACAUUUAUGAGGCUUACUAGCUGAGCAUACUGACAUUGAUCGCUACUGCGGCGAAUUGCAAAAUUGUCAUCAGCGGACCCUGUUACGAUCAUGUGCAAUUGGAGUCGGGAAUAUGACAAAUUUGCGCAUCAUACUUGACAAUAUACAACCCCCUGCUGUGAACACCAACAGUCUUAUAAUUUUUUGAAAAUGUUGAUAUCCGGCUGCGAAUUUAUGCAAGAUAAAUUAGCAGCAAAAGGAAGUGUACUAUAUUCGCGAGGACAUUCGGGGUAUGAGAGGGACACUUGCUUAUGGCGGCAGAAGAAGGGGUUACAGAUGUUAGUAAACUUCCCCGAGUAAGCAAGAACUAUUUUGGAGUGCGGAUAAAGAAUCUGGUUCGUUCUCUCCUGAGAGACUGGACAUAGUUGACAAGGAUACUAUGGAUGUAAAACUACGUGCACUUGAAAGCAAAGCUGAGGGCAAGAAGUUCUGUAUACCUCCACCUAGUGUACCAAUUCCUGACAAUUUGUCUUUUCGCGUAUCAGACGCCAUUCCAACAGGUGGUGUUGAAGCAAGUGAUUCUUCAACCGGAAAACAUGAGGUUUGUAUGUUGACGUCAAGAUUGGUGGAACGGAAGUUAGCGAAAUAUAGUUUCACUACGGAGGAUGCCAGUCGGAGUUCCACACCUUUUGGAAAUCGACAUAUUGGAAAUAGUGUACUUGCAAGUGGCCUUGGUGUGCUAGUGGAGGCUGCACAGGUUGCAUCAGGAUCCUCUUUUGCACCCGACAAGAAGCAUCCCGAAGGGGAUGGUCAUGUCGAGAGUCAUCAUGAUGCAAUUCGGAUGUCUGCAAAGAGGAAGGUGUAUGAUGAACCAGUUGAAGUAUCCGUCCCUAAGAGAAAGGUCGUUAGACGUGGCCAUCAUAGGUCCCUAAGCUCUGGCAUGGAGUUAGAGUGUGGUGCGGCAGCAGAAAACGAAUUCUCACGGGAUCACGUGUCUGUUCCUGUUAUGCAAAUAUCGAUGCCGAAGUGGAAUCCUCAAAUGUUAUCUAGCAAAGAGGAGGGUAACAAGGAUUUAGGUUCUGCUAGCAGCUCUCCUUGCCCUGCAAAAUCUAUAUUGUCGCAUGGAAUGAAGAAAAACGUUGGUUCCAGAUGGGGUCAAGAAGAUGAGACAAAACCACGACGACCAUCAGGUGUUUUGAUAAGACCAGGGGGUGCAAUGGUUACCAAAAUGGCUGUAUCUGUAGUUGGAGAAUCAUUUGAUUUUGAUAGUGAGGAAACUGAUGACGAUGCACCGCCUCCUAAAGCUAGAGAAGAACCCAGCGCCCUUGUACGGUCUAAACGAGGACGUGCACAGGUCCUCCCUUCAAGGUUUAAAGACUCAGUUGUUGAACCUUUGAAGAGAGGUGCCAAAGCUGCUAAAGGCCAGUCUCAUGAUGUAAAAGUCCGGGAUGGCACACCCAAGUGUUUACCCUCAAAUUCGAAGAAGCAAGUAAAAAACGGCGUCCAAGUAAGCGAUGGCUCUACUCAGGUUCUAAAGAAGAUCAGAAAGGAUCAAGAACGCAAUUUGUGUGCCGAGGUGUCGUUAGACAAUCAUUUAUUCGAUGAUUUUGGCAACAUAAAUUCUAGUCCGUCAAGGUCCUUCCAGGAACUUGGCGACUUAGAUGGCUUGGACUCUGAAAUGAAAGGAAGCAGAGGUACCAAUUCAUCUGAUGUGUAUAAUCUAGAGGAGUUCGAUUUGGGAGAAAUUGUUUGGGCGAAGUCGGGAAAAAGAAAUGAUCCGGUUUGGCCUGCCAGGGUUAUCGAUCCAUGUAGAGAAGCUCCGCCAAUGGUUCGUGAGCUGUCUUUGCCUAAUCGGCUUUGUGUUAUGUUCUACGGGCCAUCAUCAUCAUCUAAAGGAAAACAUUUCAGGGAUUAUGCUUGGGUGAAGCGAGGAAUGAUAUUUCCUUUCAAUCCUUACUUAGAAAAGUUUCAGUCACAAACGCUACUGAACAAAAGUCGCCCAGUUGAUUUCAGACAAGCCAUCAGUGAAGCUAAGCUUGCCGACCUUGGUUAUGAGGAAGGCCAAGAUGCUUUACCGGGAAAAAUACAUCCCUCAAUGGCUUUGACUGUGACAAGAUCUUCUGUGUUGGAAUCCGAGGAGGCAGAAGACGACGUUUCUUUUGGAGUUGAAAAAUACAUUCAAAGUGCACCUGUGAAGGCAACAACUGAGAGUGGAAAAGAAAAACGAGUUUGUCUUGGUUGCGGAAUUCAACUGCCUGUAAGCAGAAAGGAAUCUGCUAAGGACAACCCUCUCUGCAAGCACUGUGUGAAGCUGUAUAAGUCAAAGCAGUAUUGUGGCGCCUGCAAGAAAGUUUGGCUUCCGAAUGACAAAAGCAGUUUUGCACAAUGCGAUACAUGUCAGAUUUGGGUGCAUGCAGAUUGUGAUAAGCUUACUGUCAAAAAGCUAAAGGAGUUGGCAGAAGGAGGUUCGUAUUAUUGUCCAGAGUGCAGAAAGUCACAAGGCUCGGGAACUCCACGAAAGCGCAAAUUAGCCGACAAGAUUGAGGCAGGCUCAAGUUCGUGUACUGUUCCUGAGAAGUUGGCUGUUACCUGCACACAUGUAGAGGGCGACUAUCUGCCAAAUAAGCAUGAGGUUAUCUGUAAAUGUAAUAGUUGCCAGGGUGCCAAGGAUCCGAUGAGGCCAUCAGAGUGGGAAAGGCACACAGGAUGCCGGAAAAAGAAGUGGAAAGAAAGCAUUCGCGUAAAAAACCAGGAACAACCAUUGUUUGCAUGGUUGAAAAACAUGUUAAGUAAUGGCGCCAUUGGACUGGCAUUUGAAGGACCUGAUUUGUUUCCAACCAGAACUAAGGAACAGACUUUGCUUGCCACUCUUGAUCAACCAUAUAUGCCAGUGGACACAACCUGGACAUCAGAAAGGUGUGCUGUAUGUCGUAUGGUUGAAGAUUGGCAUCAUAAUAAGAUGGUCAUCUGUAAUCGGUGCCUGAUAGCCGUACACGAGGAGUGCUAUGGUGUAAGGGCAUCCGAGAGCGUAGGAUCAUGGGUAUGCAGAGCUUGUGAAACACCAGAAGUUGAGCGGGAGUGCUGCCUGUGUCCCGUGAGAGGUGGGGCAUUGAAACCGUCGAAUACUGCAAAUUUGUGGGUACAUGUGACCUGUGCAUGGUUUGUACCUGAAGUCAAGUUCAAAAACAUUGUCAAAAUGGAACCCGCUGAAGGCCUCACCAAUGUUCAAUUAAGCACUUUUCAGCAGAAAUGUGGAAUAUGUAAACAAGUGCAUGGUGUCUGUGUAUCUUGUGCGUACAAAAAUUGCCGAAGGUCAUUUCAUAUUAUGUGUGCAUUUAGAGCUUGCUAUCACAUGGAGAUGAAGGCGGUGACUAAGAAUGGAAUUGAAAUGACACAGAUGCUUUCGUUCUGCAGUAUACACAAGACACCUAAUUCAGACAUGCACCUAAUGUUAAAAUCACCAUCGGGUAAGAUCCCCAUUAAAAGAGACGCUGCUCAGCCAAGUGAGACGGAGAAUGUUGUAAAUUUAUAUGGAGGUUGUUCUCUUGUUACCGGAAACAAAUCCUCGGGGCACAUUGGAAGUGACGCAUACUCAGUGGCAGCAAGAUGUCUGCCUCAUUCCACCUAUGACAAGAAGGCCAAAUAUAAGAAGGGAAGGAUAGCUAUCGCAUAUCGCAUCUCGGGGGUCAGCUGGAAUACUAUUGAAACCAUCAAUAGUUUGAGGGAAUUUGCUGUUCUGGACCAGAGAAAGGUCUUCACAAAUGAAGAGCGGCUCCAAUUCCUCCAGAGAACAGAGAAGAAAACGGUCUGUUUUGGCAAGUCUGCAAUUCAUGGAUGGGGUCUCUUUUCUCGACGCGCAAUUCAAGAGGGGGAAAUGGUUGUAGAGUACAGAGGAGAGCGUGUGCGGGGCAGCGUUGCAGACCUUCGUGAGGAUCGGUAUAAAAAGGAGGGAAAAGAUUGCUAUUUGUUCAAAAUCAACGAGGAGAUUGUUAUUGAUGCCACCGACAAAGGCAACAUUGCACGUCUCAUUAAUCACUCUUGCGAUCCAAGCUGUUACGCAAAGAUUCUUGAUUUUCAGAGGAAUGAUGGAGAAGGAGACAGCCGGAUUGUUCUCAUUGCACGAAAAUCUAUUGCAGCUGGGGAGGAACUGACAUACAAUUAUCGAUUUGAUGAGGAGGAUACACAAAAAGUGCCAUGCCUUUGUGGAUCAUCAAAUUGUCGACAAUACAUGAAUUAGAAGAUGACGAACUUUUCUUCAUUGCCCACGGAGGAUCUUGUUAUCACUGUAUAUAAAGAAUAGGCAUUUAGGAUUCUUCUGAGUAGAAACAAGCAACUAUUUUAUUGCUUACCUUGCAGAAAAUUGCAAUGUAAGUGUACAUCGUCUCUUCAGUACGACUCUGUCAGCUCCGAAGUUUAUCUAAGACAAUUUCAAGCCUUAGUGAAAUUUGAGCUGCCUCUUGGAAAAGACUACUGGUCAAUGACCUGGUCUCUCCCUUGUAUACUUUUCAACCCUUGUACAUUUCCAUCACAUGAGUUGCUCCAGUGUGGCCACUAAAUAUUCCUCCUAUAUGAAGCAUGUACUUGUGAAAGGCAGAGCUUCAUUUGUGA